AUGUCGUGCUGUUGUUGUCCGGUAACUCUCAUUGUUGCCGCUGGAAUUGCCUUCUUCUUAUAUAAGAAGUUUACCAAAAAACCAGCACAACUUCGUGAGACCAAUUGGAAGAAAGAUGUUGUCUAUCUCUACCAGUUCCCUCAAGUCAAAACUGCCCGUAAUCUCUCUCCUUUCUGUUUGAAAAUUGAAACAUUCCUCAGAAUAAACAAAAUCAGUUAUGAGCUCAGGGACACAGUUCUUGCUCGUUCAGAACAUGGCCUUCUUCCAUUCAUCGAAUUAAACGGAGAACAUAUUGCUGAUUCCAAGAUUAUCGAACAGCGUUUAAUUGCUCAUUUCGACGUCAAGCCUGUUGGAACUGAACAAGAUGAAGCUGUUGGACAUCUCAUUUCUAGAGCUUUCGACCUUCACACUUUCUUCCUUUUCAUCCAUUUCAAGAUUGCUGAACCCGAGAAGAUGAUCGCUCUCCUCAGCGGUUUCGGUCUUCCAAAGAUCUUGCUUCCAGUUCUAGUUCCAAUUGCUGCUUGUCUCUUUAAGCGCAAAGCUAACAAGAAAGUCAGUGGAGCUCUAGGUGGUCUGUACUCCGAAAGCGACUUCAAAUCUCAGUUGAAGUUGGACUUACAAGCUUUGGAUACGGUUUUGAGUGAUAAGAAAUAUCUCGGAGGCGACAAGAUCAGCACUCACGAUUGUGGUGUCUUCGGUCAAUUGACAACAGUAUAUUAUCCAUUCGAUAACUAUUGCAAAGAUGCCAUUGAUGAAUUCCCAAGAUUGGUUAAGUACAUGGAAAAUAUUCGUGAGGAAGUCUUCCCUCGUGAUUUCACUUUGUAA